ACGUCACGGGGAGCCGUUGAGUCAGUCAGCUGAGGGAGGAACUCCGGCAACAGAAAGUCAACCAGGAAACCGAAGCUACUAAACUGACCUGCCGCCUCGGUUAAACGGCUUUGCGCCGGUUGAGAAUCACACAGUCUAACAGUAAAGGAUUAGUCAUUUUUAUAAUUCAGUCGACACAAAGCAGCAAAAUGGCUUCCCUUUUCAAGAAGAAGACUGUCGAUGACAUAAUCAAGGAACAGUCCAAGGAGCUGCGUGGUACUCAGAGACAGAUCACCAGGGACCGAGCAGCGCUGGAGAAACAGGAGAAACAAAUGGAGGCUGAAAUCAAGAAAAUGGCUAAGAGUGGUAACAGGGAGGCAUGUAAGAUUCUCGCCAAGCAGCUGGUCCAGCUGAGAAAGCAGAAGAACCGCACGUACGCCGUCAGCUCCAAGGUCACCUCCAUGUCCACGCAGACAAAGGUCAUGAACUCCCAGAUGAAGAUGGCCGGCGCCAUGUCCACCUCAGCAAAGACAAUGCAAGCUGUAAACAAGAAGAUGGAUCCACAGAAGACCUUGAAGACCAUGCAGGACUUCCAGAAGGAGAACAUGAAGAUGGGCAUGACCGAGGAGAUGAUGAACGACACUUUAGAUGAAAUCUUUGAUGCGUCUGGGGAUGAAGAGGAAUCUGAGGACAUUGUGAACCAGGUUCUGGAUGAGAUCGGCAUUGAGAUCACUGGAAAGAUGGUGAGAGCUCCAGCUGCAGGGAAGAGCCUCCCCAAUGCUGCCGCCUCUAAAAAGGACACCAUCACCGACGACGAGAUAGAGAAACAGCUCCGAGCUCUGGGAGUGGACUAAUUGUCCUUCCUGUAUUAAUGUUCCCAUUAUACACAUGUGACAUUAAUGCUCAUCGAUACGGACUCAUUUAGGCGCACGUUGAGACAUUCAAAGACAUGCAGGCAGACAGGUUUAUUAACACACACAUAAUCAACACCUUUCAGAUCAAUAGGGCAGAACAUCUGGUCUAUUGAUGCUGACAUAUAUAUAUAUAUAUAUAUAUA